AUGUUAAAUUUGUUACUCUGUGAAGAAUAUCAGUGGCAUUUGCGCAAUUCAACGGUAUCAGCGACAAGGAUUAAGAAAGGAUCCAAGUUCCUCCUAUUAGAAAAGACAGAUACCGCAGUAUGUCUGCGUAAGAUGAAAUGUCAGGAUCUAGUGAAUACAGGUCUUGCCGUUCUAAAGAGAGGUAUAAUUCGUUUUUUUUUUGAGUCCGGACGUGCGUCAUUUGAUGAUGCCGGCGACCGAAGAAAGUCGAGAUAUCUAUCUUCUCCAGCAGUGCUGCGUAAUUCGUCCUCCAUCAUAUGCUGGUGCUGCUGUGAAGAAAACACGAAAUAUUAUAACGUCAACAUAUCAGUAAUACAGUUGCUACAUCUUAUAGGUCCGAAUGAAAGUCUGCACGUAAGUGACGUUUAUCGUUUUCCAUCUCGACUACAACAGAAUCCCAAAUGCCUUAUCAGACCAGUUGGAAUAUGUUCUGCCCAGUGCUCAUCCAUCCAAUUAUCCUUCAAGAACACCCGGUAA